AUGGCCAGCCCGGCCCCGCCCGCCGCGGAGGAGCUGCCCGGCGCGGCGCGGCGCCUGGGCUCCAGGAUGGAGGCCUCGUGCCUGGAGCUGGCCCUGGAGGGGGAGCGGCUGUGCAAGGCGGGCGACUUCAAGGGGGGCGUGGCCUUCUUCGAGGCGGCCGUGCAGGUGGGCACCGAGGACCUGCGGACGCUGAGCGCCAUCUACAGCCAGCUGGGCAACGCCUACUUCUACCUCAAGGAGUUCGCCCGCGCCCUGGCCUACCACCGGCACGACCUGCUGCUGGCGCGGACCAUCGGCGACCGCAUGGGGGAGGCCAAGGCCAGCGGGAACCUGGGCAACACGCUCAAGGUCCUCGGCCGCUUUGACGAGGCUGCAGUCUGCUGCCAGCGGCACCUGGACAUCGCCCAGGAGCAGGGCGACAAGAUCGGAGAGGCCCGGGCGCUGUACAACAUGGGGAACGUGUUCCACGCCAAGGGCAAGCAGCUGUCCUGGAGCGCCGCCCAGGACCCCGGGCACCUGCCCCCCGACGCCCGCGCGACGCUGCGCAGAGCCUCCGAGUUCUACGAGAGGAACCUGUCGCUGGUGAAGGAGCUGGGCGACCGGGCGGCCCAGGGCAGGGCCUACGGCAACCUGGGCAACACCCACUACCUGCUGGGGAGCUUCGUGGAGGCCACGACCUUCCACAAGGAGCGCCUGGCCAUCGCGAAGGAGUUCGGAGACAAGGCCGCCGAGCGGAGGGCCUACAGCAACCUGGGGAACGCCCACAUCUUCCUGGGCCGCUUCGACGUGGCCGCCGAGUACUACAAGAAGACGCUGCAGCUGUCCCGGCAGCUGAAGGACCGAGCGGUGGAGGCGCAGGCCUGCUACAGCCUGGGCAACACCUACACGCUGCUGCAGGACUGCGAGCGCGCCGCCGAGUACCACCUGCGCCACCUGCUCAUCGCCCAGGAGCUGGCCGACAGAGUGGGCGAGGGCCGGGCAUGCUGGAGUCUGGGGAACGCCUAUGUGUCCAUGGGGAGCCCGGCCCAGGCCCUGACCUUCGCCAAGAAGCACCUGGAGAUCUCCCAGGAGAUCGGGGACCGGAACGGGGAGCUGACGGCCCGCAUGAAUGUGGCGCAGCUGCAGCUGGCGCUGGGUCGGCUGAGCAGCCCGGCGGCUGCCGAGAAGCCCGACCUGGCCGGCUAUGAGGCUCAGGGGGCCAGGCCCAAGAGGACGCAUCGGCUGAGCGCGGAGACCUGGGACCUGCUGCGGCUGCCCCUGGAGCGGGAGCAGAAUGGAGACAGCCACCACGCGGGGGACUGGCGGGGGCCGGGCGGGGACCUGCUGCCCCUCCCCGUGAGGAGCAGGAAGUACCAGGAGGGGCCGGACGCUGCUGAGAGGAGGCCCCGGGAGGGCGGCCACUCCCCGCUGGACAGCGCCGAGGUCCGGGUGCAGAUGCCACGCACGAGCCUCCCGAGGGUCCCGUCCUCCGACGAGGAGUGCUUCUUCGACCUGCUGAGCAAGUUCCAGAGCAGCCGCAUGGACGACCAGCGCUGCCCGCUGGAGGAGGGCCAGCCCGGGGCCGCCGAGGCCAUGGCCGCGCCCGCCCUGGAGGAGCGGCCGGCCCAGGCCCCGCUCACGGCCUCCCCGCAGACCGAGGAGCUCUUCGACCUCAUCGCCAGCUCGCAGAGCCGCCGGCUGGACGACCAGCGCGCCAGCCUGGGCCGCCUCCCUGGGCUGCGCGUCACCCACAGCAACCUGGGCCACCUGCGGGGCGACCGGGACCCCCCGGCGCCCGGGGACGACUUCUUCAACAUGCUCAUCAAGUGCCAGUCCUCCAGGAUCGACGACCAGCGCUGCCCGCCGCCGGACGGGCUGCCCCGCGGGCCCACCAUGCCCGACGAGGACUUCUUCAGCCUCAUCCAGAGGGUGCAGGCCAAGCGCAUGGACGAGCAGCGGGUGGACCUCGCCGGCAGCCCGGAGCAGGAGGCGGGCGGGCCCCCCGAGCCGCGGCAGCAGUGCCAGCCCGGCACCAGCUAA